GAGAGAGUGAGAGAGUUAAACGCCGGCACUUUACAGCACCUGAAGGACUCCGGCUACAAACAAGAUUUGUGAGUUUCACCACAAAGCCCUCUCAUCCCAUGAGACUCGUCACAUCAUGAAAUCACGCUACCUGUUCCUACUGGUUUACUUACUGUGGAGCUGCUUUGGGGCAUCAAACGCAGAAAGAAACAGAGAUGCAACUUGCACUUCAAGCCAAAAAUGUGGUCAGGGGCCAGAUCCGACCUCUCACUUCCUCCAGUGUGUGGGAUUGCCAUCAAAAGACACAGGGAAGGACCACAUGCGGAGGCUGAAAGAAAUGCUUGAGGCGACAAUGGAUGUGUACAGCUUCAUGAAGUACGGCAUGGCAGGAGAGCCGCUACUCAGCCUGCAGGGGGAGCUAGCAUUAAAGCCCAGAGCUGACCCUUUCCAGAAUGAAGCCUUCGUUCAGAUGUGGAUGGAAGUCAAGAUAAAACCGCUGCUGAAAUCCAUCACCAAAAAUUUCUUGGCCUGCCUCAGCACCAAGAAAUUCAGCUGCUCCACCUACCAGACUGUCGUGCGGCAGCUGAGCUACCAUUAUUCUGAGAUGAAUCCAGCCAGACAAAAGUGGAUCUACACAUUCUUUAUGUACCCGUUUCUGUCUGAAGACAGAGUGGCUGGUUGUGUAAACCCACACGAGGGCAGCGAGGAGUGGUUGAUGAAGAACUUUGGUGCCUUCAGAGUCAUGGCCCGAAUGAAGGACUUUUCAACACUCAACAUGGUCUUCAGUGGAUUGGAGGUUCUUCACCUGCUGUCUCCAACACAGAAGGCUGAGCUGCUGCUGAGGCCAGAGGUUGCAGGUUUAGAUAAUGGCACUUUAAGCCUGGUCUUCCACAGUUUGUUGACAGACGGCACUGGCCCUCUCCCAACUGGCAGCCCUGGAGGGCGCACACCACGACCCCUACCAUGA